AUGGGUUCAUUAGCACUUGGUACCCCAUUUGAUUGGCCACAAUGUAGUUUGGACACAAAGCAUGUUUGUUGUGAAGGGAUUGCUCAACUUAUCAAACUUUGGAAUAAAACUCAUUCUCAAAUCAGUCAUCAAUUACUUUGGGGUGAUGAUAUUGAAUAUUUCUUGAUUUCAAUUCAUCAAUCAUUAAAUCAUGUGAAGUUAUCAUUAUCUCAACUUGAAGUAUUACAAAAAAAUUUGUUGCCAACAUUACAUCAAGAGUAUGGAAGGUUCAUGCUAGAAUCAACCCCAGGCAAACCUUAUGGUCCAUCACUAGAAGAUUGUCUGAAGGUUGAAUAUGACAUGUGA